UGCACCUCAUUCUCUCAAGCUGUGCUUGCUCUGCAAUGAAAAUGAUUUUGCACAUUUUGGGCAGGCCAAAGUGUUUAAGCCUUUGCUCGAUGAUUUGAAGAAGUUGGAAGCUGGCCAAUUUGUAACUUCAAGCGGAAUGCGCUUGUUUGGCACUGUGACUGCCAUCCUUGGAGACAACCUUGGAAGCCAUGGAAUUGGAGGCUUUGUAGAAAACUUUAGCUCUGCAAGUCACAUCUGUAGGUUUUGCAUGUCUGAAAGAGCUGACCUUUUUUCUCCAAAUGCACUGUCAGGUGUUUCACAAAUCAGAACACCGGCCAAUUAUAAUAGUGCUUUAUUAGCCCUGCAAGCCAAUGGUUCAAGUAUAGAAAAAGGAGUGAAGUUCAAUUCCUUAUUCAAUGAGCUGAAGUAUUUCCAUGUAUGUGCACCAGGUCUCCCUCCUUGUUUGGCACAUGAUUUAUUUGAGGGUAUUGUUUCAUUUGACCUUUCUUUGUACAUGAAACAUUUUGUAACGGUUCUCAAGUGGAUUUCUUUACAAGACCUUAAUCAGCGCAUAGCUUGUUUUCAUUUUAAACAUGGUGAUUUGGCUGACAGACCGUGUGAAGUUCACCUCAAAAAAACACUAGGAGGACAUGCUGUGCAAAAUUGGAACAUGUUGCGCUUUCUUCCAUUGUUCCUGCUUGGUUCAAUUCAGUCCACUGAAAAUGAAAUCUGGCAACAGGUUCUUUUGCUGUCUGAAAUUGUCCAGCUUGUUACUGCACAUACGCUAACACUCCCCAUGGUUAUGAGGCUGCAAGACAUUAUAGAGGACUACAUGACAGGCAGAGCAAAUCUCUUCCCUGACGUUGCCAUGAAACCUAAGCAUCAUUACCUGCUUCAUUACCCUUUUCUGAUUACGCAGUUUGGCCCGCUGAUAAAAAUGUGGACAAUGAGGUGUGAAAGCAAGCACAGCUAUUUCCGUAAGUGUGCAAGAAAUUGCCAGAAUUUCAAGAACUUGACGCACACACUUGCUGAGCGCCAUCAGCUUUAUCAGGCAUAUAAAAACACGGGAAACGGUAUUCAUGGCUUAUUAGUCAAUAGUUCCUCAUUCUCUAUUGAGCUUUGCACACCAGAAAUACAAAAAGAAGUACGCGAGGUGAUCCUUGACGAAGAUAAUAUAAUCUCGGCUUGUCAAGCUACUAUCCACGGUCUUUUUUACAAGCAAGACAUGCUUGUCGUUAUGAGGCGGGUGGACAGUGUGCCUGUUUUUGGUGAGAUUAGGCUUAUUCUUGCCACUAAUGACAACUACUUUUUCUUAUUAAGAACUGUCCACACAAGAUAUGAGUCUGCUAUGCACUUCUACAACAUCAUCAGUAGUGAUGGUCCUUUCAAAUGCAUGAAGCUUGAAAGCCUCCUUGAUUGGACUCCGUUGGUGCAGUACAAACUUGCCCGCAACAAGUACCCUGUUGUUGUGUUGAAGCAUGCUAUAUUAGAUUUUGCUUGAUUUCAUGCUUUUCACAGGAAGAAUGGACUUGGAAAAGCAUAUUUCCAGCUGGCUGCCACACUUGGACAAUGAAGUGAUGCAACUUACUGUACAGAAACUGCUGGACUGUGGUGUUCAGUCGCUUGAGCACCUCAAGUAUGUAGUGGAAGCCGACCUAAUGUUCCUGAAUGUGGUCAGUAGACGCAUCCUGCUCGAAAAGUUCCAGACAGCUGCCUCACCAGCCGUGCAAGUGUCCAUACCAAAAGGAAGUGAAGCUUCUGUGAGCCUGUUGGGCCAGGCUUUUGAUAUUCCAUGGGACGCAUUUCCACCCGAACUCGUAAAAGCAUGUCAAGAGGGCAGGCGUCCACUGAAAAGUGAUCUGAAUGAAAUGGUUAGGACACUAAGUGACAGGGUGCUUGCCUGCCAUCAGAAGCCUGGGCGCAAAGUGCUGCGAGCCAUUGCGAGUGAAAUCGUCAGCAAGUUUCCAAGAACUUUUGAGGACACCCUCAACGGCACCGUCAUUGCUACAGGAUUAGAAACGCUUCUAUGGAAGCUGGAGAAUUGCAUUAACAACAAGAGAAGGCGCAGUUCUGAGUGUUUGAAGCGGUGUGUUUCAGAAGAUGAAGAAGAGUUCACCACAAAAAAGCCACAACUCCAAAAAGAUUCUUAUGGCUGUGUAGCCUGGCAGCCUGAUCUUCCGUCCAUGGAAACAGCUGAAACUCAAGAGAAGAAAAGAGAAGAGUUGCAAGCCCAAUUUAGGCUAGCUUCCCCAAACAGUUCUCGAGUCACACAACUAAUGGCUGAAACAUAUUCGUCACAGAGGCAGUUGAUCAAUGCCAGCAGAAGCGUGCUGUACGUGAAGGAAAACUGGCCUUUCCUCUUUGAAGAAAUGCACAUGUGUUCACAUAUCAAUGUACUGCUGGGGUUCAGUGCCUCUCAAACAUUUGACGAUCAAAUCAAGACUGUUGGGCGACAGGUUUUUAGGUAUGCUCACAGCUUAAUAAAAAAGGCGAACGUGAGGACAUGCCUAGAGCAAAUCGAAAAGGCCAGAAUUGAACUAAAGACAAUGGCUGUAGAGUACGAAGCCACUCCCCUCCUCCUGCUCGCCAUCUUCGAUGAAGACUGCGAGCUCUUCUGUAAGGUAGUCGAGGAAUGCGCCAGUGAUGAAGACCUUGGGGACAUGCCAUGUUCUCCUUUCAUCAUUGCAAAAGGAGGCAGUUUUAUUACUGCAAGGAACUUCACCAUAUGCAUUGACACCCUGCCAGUGAUACACGCAACAAACCCAUGCCAGGCAUUCCGGCUCAUGUUUUUCGCACACUUUGCAUUUAAUCUUGCGUACCCUAAGGACACAAGCCUCUGCUUGGAGUUCACACAGCGGACCAUUGCAGGUGUCAAUCCUGGCAGGGGAACGAAGAUAGAGCGCACAAAGAAAAAACAACACUGCCUCUCCCCAAAAGUUGCUUCCCUCAUCACAUCGUUGCAAGACUUCGAUGUUUAACUGUUCUGAAACUUCAAAACUUUUUCAUUACACACAGUUGGGCAACUGACCGACUAUAUUUCUACUACAUCGGGCUCUUCUGUAAGUGUUUCAAUAUAUACACCAUUGUCAUUUCUUUUCAUGCACUGUGAUAAUGCAAAUACUCUGUUUAAUGCCUUAUGCCUUCUUACUUUUAUCUGACUGCUUCAUGCAGUAGUGGUGUCAAGCAAGGCACAAUUUUCCUUAUUUGUAUUUUUGGAAUUAGUUUCAUGACCGGUUGUAUGCAUUUUAUUGUAAUACUAUUUUGAUAUGUAUAUUAUAGUUUCAAGAUUGGAACGUAUAAGCAGAGUGAAUUAAUAUUUUAUGGUUACACUGUGAUAAUACAACAGCUUGUCACAUGCCUUAUGUUUUGUUUGUAUCUCGGUGCUUAAUGCAAUACUAGUGUCAAGCAAGGCGUAGUUUGCCCAAGACACCUUCCUUAUGUAUAAACUUGUCAUUACAGUUUAGUGACUGGUUGGACUUAUUGUAAUACUACUUUCUCCAUUGUAUUAAAUAUAUUUUUAUAUUGUAGUUGUAAGGUUGAACGUACUAAGUAGAAUGAACCAAUAUUUUAUGGUUACACUGCGAAAAUGCGAACGCUGUUUUAUUCAUGCCUUGUGUCUUGUUGCUUGUAUCUCACUGCUUAGUUGUAAGGUUGAACGUACUAAGUAGAAUGAACCAAUAUUUUAUGGUUACACUGCGAAAAUGCGAACGCUGUUUUAUUCAUGCCUUGUCUUGUUGCUUGUAUCUCACUGCUUAGUUGUAAGGUUGAACGUAGUAAGUAGAAUGAACCAAUAUUUUAUGGUUACACUGCGAAAAUGCGAACGCUGUUUUAUUCAUGCCUUGUGUCUUGUUGCUUGUAUCUCACUGCUUAGUUGUAAGGUUGAACAUACUAAGUAGAAUGAACCAAUAUUUUAUGGUUACACUGCGAAAAUGCGAACGCUGUUUUAUUCAUGCCUUGUGUCUUGUUGCUUGUAUCUCACUGCUUCAUGCAGUACUAGUGUUAUGCAGAAUUGAUGCUUGUUAGGCGAGUUGGUGGUGCGUAAGUGCUAAAACAGAGUGAAGCAAGCCGGGACAAGAAAGAGCACACAACACGAGCGCUGACUUUCAACUGUUUAUUUCUUUCUGUUGUCAUGUAUAAAUACGCACAAGAACCACCAGCAUCAAAUUGAAAGCAUAGCCGAUACAACUCAGCCUUUUGCCGAUUGCCAACGAUCUAAAAACAUGAGUUCUUUUCUGAUAGUUCCAGCGAUGCCACGCUCACACACCUGUUAACUGCACAUGUAAUAUUCAUUGCCUCGAUAAGCUCCCUAACCCGCUAGUCCUUGUGACAGUCGGUAAUCUGACUCUGUUCAAACAAAGGCACGCAUGGCCUAGAACGGCACCUUCACCUAGAUUGAGUGCUGCAUUGACGGUAGUGCAGGCUACAAUGGUUACAAUGUUAAUUAGAGCAACCAGGGCCACCUCAGCCCGCACUGGCAUCAGUGCGGCACGCAAUCGGUGACGGAGCCAUUCAAUGCCAUGUGUGCCUUUCUUUGAACAGUCAUAUCAACCGUCGCAAAGACGAGCGGGUUAGGAAGACUAUCGAGCCAAUGAAUUUUUGCAUGUGCAGGUAACAGGUGUGAGCGUGUCAUCGCUGGCACUAUUAAGAAAAGAGCUGGGGUGUACUGGUGUGUGUCAGUCACCCUGAUUCUUUUCAGUUUCAAGCUGGCGGUCUACGUGUGUAUUUAAAUGGGGCUACACCAAGGAAUAAACAGUUGAAAGUCCUGUCUUGUUUCGCUUUGUUUUAGCAAUUGCCGUCAAGCAAGACACAUUCUGCCAAUAUUCAUAAUUUUCCUUAUGCGUAUAAUUGCCAUUAGUUUCGUAACCGGUUGGAUUUGGAUUUUUAUAUUUAUUGUAGUAGCAAUAUUAGCAGUACCAAGUAGAGUGAACCAAUUGGUUGCUUUAUGGUUACACUGUGAUAAUGCAAACAACCUGUUUCAUGCCUUAUGACUUGUUGCUCGUAUCUCACUGCUUCAUGCAGUACUAGUUUCAAGCAAGGCACAAUGUGACAAUAUGCACUAUUUCUCUAAUGCAUAUACUUGCCGUUACAGUUUAGUGACCGGUUGUAUACUCAUUGUGUUGAACUACUAUUUUAAUAAUUAUUUUAUUUUGCAAGAUUGGUUCACCCUACUUAGUACGUCCAAUGUUUUCGUUAUACUGUAAGAAUGCAAAAAGCCUUGGGCAUGCCUUAUGUUCUGUUGCUUGUAUCUCAAUAGCUGCUUCAUCCUGUACUAGUGUCGAGCAAGGCGCAAUUUGUCCAAGACACUCUCCUUAUGUGUAUACUUGCCAUCACACUUUAAUGACUGGCUUUCUUCAUUGUACAGGUAUUACUAUGUUCUUUGUUGCAAUCAUUGUAUUUUAUUACCAUUUUAAAAUAGAUCAUAUGUUCUCCUGCAUACUUGCCAUUACUGCAUAUUGCGUGUCUUUUUGCUGUAUACUUUAUUUAGCAGCUGUGCUACAUAGGCAGUGCAGGGAGGGCAAUUUUAUUGUCAUUUUACUUGGGUCACCAGUCUACCAUUUACUUUAAUCACAUGAUGCUGGAAAGCAUAGUCAAAAACUAGUCAUAAUGACAUUGUUUACUAUUGCACUUGCAUUUACCAACGUUGUUGAAUACUAACUUGCCAUUUCUAGUAACAUAAAAGUAGUGAAAUAUUUCAUUGUGUUUAAACGUGGCAGCAGUUGCAAUGUUUUGUAUAUGCCUUUAUGUCAGUCAUUAAAGGUGGUGUGAAAGAAAUAAAGUCUCUGAAAUGACAGAAAAUAGAGCUUCGCAGAAAAUGUCGUCAUGAAAAAAAAAAGCUGUGAAAGAAUAGAAUAUUUCGUGACGGAAAAUGGAGCUUCACAGCAUUGUUCUGUUAGUUGCCGACUGAAAAAAGAACAGUGAAAUAACAGAAAAACAAACAGGAAACUGAAUUUCACAGGCAUUUUCUAUAAGUUGCAAGCAGAAUACCUGUGAAAUGACAGAAAAGGUAAAAACAGAAAACAUGACAUAACAGAAGCUUUCUGUCAAUUUCACAGGAAUUCUGUUAGUCGCAAAUAGAAAAAAGCUGUGAAUUGACAGAAAAAAGUAAAAACAGAAAACAUAGUGUAACAGAAACUUUCUGUCAAUUUCACAGAAAUUCUGUUAGUUGCAAACAGAAAAAACCUGUGAAUUGACAGAAAAAAGUAAAAACAGAAAACAUAGUGUAACAGAAACUUUCUGUCAAUUUCACAGAAAUUCUCUGUUAGUUGCAAACAGAAAGAACCUGUGAAUUGACAGAAAGAAUAAAAACAGAAAACAUACCGAAACAGACAUUUUCUGGCA